UACUAUCCCACAUGAAAUAUCCUGUGGUUCCUCGUAGAAUAACCAUAAGCAAACGAUUAGCGCAAUGUAUGCACCCAGCUCUGCCAUCGGGUGUCCAUUUGAAAGCCUUAGAAACAUAUGAUAUUAUCUUCAAGUGUAUGGGGACCAACAGGCUCUCACAAGAACUCUUCAUAUACAGUGCAGGCUUAUUUCCAUUAUUUAGCAGUGCUGCAAUGAAUGUAAGAUCAGCCCUGUUAACAGUAUAUGAAACUCACUUUGUCCCAUUGGGCCCGAGACUACGCCCAGGACUGAAUGGUUUCCUGUCAGGAAUUCUGGCUGGCUUGGAAGAAGGUUCUGAUCAUCUUGAAAGGACAUCUCAGCUGCUAACAAGAGUUGCUGAAGGAGUAGGACAAGCAGAAUUCUUUGGUUGCUUGUGGGACUGUGUUUGGGGAAAUUCAGGAGUGAGACUUCCUGCCGUCACCCAUAUUACAUCAUGCUAUAAUAAGAAAUUGUCCACAGAAGAUCAGUUGUAUAUCCUUGGCACAAAUAUUGAUGUUAUGGUCUCAGCAUUGUGUCAAGCAAUGGAGGAUAGUAGUGUGUUGGUACAAAGAGCAGCUCUUGACCUGACCUUAGCUGCCCUUCCCAUGCAUAAUACACAACUGUUACGCCCAGACUUGGUCAGAAUUGUCACCUCUGCCAUUUUAGUGUUACUGAGAAGAGAUAUGUCCCUGAACAGGAGGUUGUAUGCAUGGUUGCUUGGAUCUGAAAUCAACCUCUCGCUCUUGUCUUCCGAACAUCCUGUUGUAAAGCGCCUCAACAGUGCUGUGAGUGACAGUAACACUGAAGAUGGAACUGAAGUCAAUGCAUAUUUUGAAACAUUCUCAAGACCCCUUUUAGUGGAAGGGGUUGUGUCGUGUUUGCAAGCCAGCCAGGGAACCAAUCCCCCUGAUUUACGACCAUACAGACUGAUAGUCUCGCUGCUGGAUAAGCCAGAAAUUGGGCCUUUCAUUCUAGAUGACAUAUUUCUAGAUCUUUUAAGGUGCUUGUACCAUACCUGCCAAGUGCUUCAAGCCUCAAAUAACACCCCAUCAGAACCCUGUAGCAGAAGACAAAGCACAACAGACAAGCAGACCCCACCACCUCCCUCUCGCUCACCAGAUGGCACUAAACCAGUUGUUGAAGGGAACAGGGGACUUCAUGAGGUUACUAAAACUGCCACUCUUCUAUUUAGUGCCCUACAGCCAUCAUACCCAUGGAUGCAUCUCACAGGUUUACUCAGCAUGGCAUGUCAAGCCAAAGCUAGUCAGAUGGAUGAGGGUGAGAAAAAAGAUGAUGGCAAACUUGUUUUAGAUGUGGGUAGUUCAGUCAUGACAGUUUGCGAGAUUUGCACUCUGCUGCAACAUCUGCUGACAUCUCUUCCACAUGAUACUCAGCAGCAGACUCAAGCUUCAAGGCUCCCAGAGGUUUUGUCUACAGUUACCUCCCUUCUGACAGAACAUCUCAGCACUUUGACUGCCAAAGAACUCUCUGCAGGACUUUCUCUCUCUCAGGCUAUCUUACACAAACUCAUACCUUCAGUCACUUUGCCUCCUUCAGCAUCUCAGUCAAGGCCAGAUUCAAGAGCAAGCAUCACUACCUUUGCAUCCCUUCAGAUGCAUGCUCUUUCUCAAGUGUCUACUAUUCCUCGACCUCUGCUUGUUCAGGAAGCCUUUGCAAGAGAGAGUCCUCCCUCAGAGUGUGGCAUUGUACAGAUAGGAAUAGAGGCAAGUGAGGAUGAUCCAAAUAGUAUUGAAAAGAAAAAAACUGAAGACCUUUCAGUUGAUUCACUCACUGAUGAAAGUAAUAAUAAUGAGAACUUAGGUGACGGAGAAGCAGAAACAUCCUUUAUCUCAGUAGUGUCAAAUUCAUCUGUGGAAGAUUCUGAAAGAUUGAAAACAGAAACUGAAGGUGAGAAUAAAGAAAAACAAGACACUUCUGUAGAAAAGGAGAAUGAAAUUGCUACCCCAAAUGCAAUUAAACCUGAGAUAAGUGAGGACUUGUUUGAUGUUGACCCAGAAGGAGAAACAGUAAGCAAUGGUGAGGAUAAGCAUGCCAAUUUGGAGGAGGUGCCCAGUGAUUCAGGAGUUGACAUGGAAGAAAUACCCUCACAACCCACAGAGUUGUCACGAUUUUUGAUAUCACAAGAAGCAAGUGAGGAUGAGUAUGAAAGUGCACCUCAGAGCCCUAGUCAUCAGGGCUCAAUGCCAUUAUAUAAUUAUGUCAAAGUAUUUGAAAAAUUCUUCUUGCAGUUUAUUCAGAAAAAAAUUAUAUUAGAAAAUUCAAAUCUCGCUGAGUUUCAGAGUGCUCUCAGUAGAUCAGGAAGUUUUCAGAUGGACAGUCUAUCAGAACUGAAUUAUUUGUUAAGAGAAUGUCUGCAGUGCUGUGAAAAUAAAGUAGAAUCCACACAGUCUUCUCCCAUCAAAAGUAAAGGAAAGAAGGUACAGUCAUCCCCCUGGUCAUCUCCCUCAAGAGUGUCUACAUCAUCUUCAGGCUUUUCACAGGGGCAGAAAGAAAUUACUGACUUCACUUCUGUCCUGCAGCUGCACCACAAAGCAGAUGAACAAUUUGAGGUCUUCAAAGCUGCUUGUAGCAUAUUAGUUGACUUGUCAUCACUUCCUACGACUCCUGGACUCCCUCUGAACAGGCCAAAUAAUCAGAUUCCUCACUGGUUUGUUGGGCUCAUAGCGUGUGUCAUCAAUGGGGGUCAAGUCUCUCCUCGCUUUGUCAUGGCAUCUGUGUCUACUCUACUGGAGUUGGUGAUGUUGGCUCAGUCAGAGCUGUCUGUAUGGCGGAGUGAGCAUGAACUUGGGUGCAAAGGAGGACCUGGGGUUGUGUCUGUUAAUAUAAUCCCUCUACUCCUACCAACACAUACCCACAUCCUCCUUCAUCAUACUACAGUGUAUCAGCACAUGGCAAGACAGCUUUGGAGUCAUUUGAGGCCAUCAAUGAGUCACCUCCAUGUAGGCAGCACAGAACUUCUCCUGCAGUUACACAACUUGACUCUUCCUCGCAGCCCAAGUGUAACGCUGACAUCUGCUCCGCCUCAAUCCCCCAUGUCUGUUGUGGAGAGGGAGAUUCUUGCCACUCUCACAUAUACAUUGCAGGUACCUGUGACUGAUGAGAAGGAGAGUGGAGUACUGUGGAGUCAUGAAGGCAUCAGGGCAGAGUAUGACAGUGUUGCCAUGCACCAGUGGAUGACACUGUGGCAGGUAUCAAGAAACCUAUCUUCUGGUCUUGCAGGAAAUUUCCCAGGGUUUGACAGAUGUCUCUUCUUGAUGGUUGAACGUCUUCGAGGGGAUAGUGGCAUAGAGCGUAGCCUUGCACAUGCAUGGCUUGCUACAACUCUUCAGAGAAGUGACACUGCUAGGCUCAUAGACCCAAUCCUGGUGUUAUUGCUGCACCCACAUACCCGAAGAGUUAGUGUACAGCACGUGAACAUUGAGAAGUUGCCUCCUGUCCAGCAAGGCCAAGGUCACAAAUUAUCUCUAGAGGAGUCACAGAUCUAUGCCAUCAGCUCUGAAGGAGGAGAGGUCAUGUACCAUGUGAGCAAGGAAGGAAGAGAAAGUCAGGGGAAGGGAAAACACAUGCCUGUCCCAGCCAAACAUAUAUUAGCAUUUACUUCAAUUUCCAAAGACAGCAAGAAGAUUGUCACUCACAAUGCAAACUUUACGGAGUUUGAACUGCCUUCUAGUCAUGAGCAGCCACAACUACAAGCAUCAAUAUCUCUUAUGGUUAAUCCUUUCACUCAGCAUCCAUGGAUAGAUAUGGAAGAUCUGGCCAAAAUGAACAAACCAACAAAUCUUUCUAAUGCAGUUAGAAUCCAAAAUGGCAGCUACCAGAAGCUUUCAACUACAGUGAUACCUGAACAAGUUACAAGUGAAUCAACAGUAUCAAGUAGCAGAGAUUCAGAUGAUGAAAAUUGGACACCAACACAGAUGGUUCAGAGUAUUCUUGAGGAGGUGAUAGAUGCUGUUGUGACUUCACGAUACAAGUAUCCUGAAAGUGAUGGGUCAAGUGAACAGGAUACAGUUUCACAGUCUGUAGUAAGUGAUGGAACUGUGCCAGAGUUAACAAGACAUCCAUUUCACUCUCACAUGCUCCUGUACACUCAGGUGGUUGAUAGUGGUCAGUGUUCAAAUGGAUUGUCCCUAAUUAGAAAUAUCAUUGAAGCACAACCAAAGUUAUCCCUUCUAACUCUAGCAUCAACUAGUAUUAGUACACUACAGUCAACCUCACCUCUCAUCGUAUUGUUAGCUAGACAUCGCAGAUCUGUUUUUGGUGAUGGGUUUGAUGGUGGAAAUGUGUCAGAGAUGGUCAGUCAGUUCCGGUCUACUAUGUAUCUUCAGGUAGUUAUCACAGUAUGCCUUUAUUACUUGCGUUCUUACUAUCCGUGCCUUCCUCAUCUCCGUCUUCGGGAUGAACAUCUACGAGAUAACCAGGAAGUGCAAGUGGCAUCAGCUGAGGUUCUAGUCCUAGUCUUCACACAUUUGUCACCAUUAGUGACUGAUGCCCCCAGGGGUUUCACCCCAUAUAUUACAGAUCUGCUCAGUAAAUGCAAAGUUCAGAAGUGUGUGCUUCACUGUUUACUAUCAUCUGUACAUGCCAUGACCAGUGCGAGUACAUCAGUGACUACAGAUCAGAAACGUCCAUCAUCCCAGGAAACACGCACUUUUACUGAAGAAGUCCAAGAAUACAACUGUGGAUCACUCAACAACACUGGUGCUGUACAUCGCUUGGAAACCUACCUAGCUCGAGUGAUGGACUUAACACUGGCUCUCAUCCGCUUAGAAGACACACUGGCUGCAGAUAGACUAGAGGGUGCAGUGGUGAGAGAUCCACCAAGUGUCAGCAUGAAGUAUACUGGCUUUAGUACCACUAAAUAUCAGCCUGGUCAGCCAAUUCCAGCACAGCCCAUGUUCAUGGAGGUUAUCACUGUAGCACUAAAACAGCAUCAUCUUCGGCAUUUACAUGGAUCUUGGUUGCACCUUUUUACAGCAGCACUGCCACAUAUGGGCCCGUCACUCCCUAAUAACAGUUUACUUGUUACAUACCAUGUAUGUGAACUUUUGGAAGGAAUGGCCCACUAUUACCUGCCUGGUGCUGUACCACCUCAUGCUCCACCUGACUAUACACUUAUCCUUCUGCAAAGUCUCACAACUAUUGUACAUUAUUGCCUCUUAGAUCCAGCACAGUCACCUGCUUUUGGCUCAUCGUCAUCUCUUCCUGCAUCUUCAGCACCUCCUUCAGGCCAGACUGCAGGACAGAUAUUAUACAAUCUGCUACAUGUAUUUUCUCCAGUGGGUGAAAUCCUUGAUGCUCCUGUAGACAGCAGUGGAUUAGACCCAACUGCUUGUGCUCGCCAUACCCUCCUCUGCCAUCUGCCAAGAAUCAUCUCGGCCCUACUGGCUUUAUGGGUGGCUACAGGACAGGACCAGGAUUCAGCCUUUGUACUUGGCAGUAGAAGGGCUGUGAGACAACACAUUGUAGAGCUCUUAUCACCCAUCUGUCACCACCAGACACCACAUCUUCUUGCAGCUAUCAGUGUUGUUUGGCAGGGGGUUGGCAUUGCUGCCUCAGCUAUUAGAGCAAGCAGUAAUGCUGGCCUUAGCAAUGACUCUAACAUCAACAAUAAACAAAGUGGUAUAGGAGGCCUACUGUGGAGUGGAAGCCCACAUCAGUUGGCUCUUGUAGAGAUGAUGUCUUUGCUACGAGUGUUACCUCUGCAUACACUAGUAGCGACUGUCAAACAGGUGGUGAAGCAACCACCAAUAGUUGAUGGUGCUCAGCAGGGCCUGCCAUUGGAGGUUAGUGUCCUGCAAGUGUUCUAUGUGUAUGUUCAGCAGUGUCCAGGGUCACAACUUGGUGAAUGCUGGGGACCACUUUUAACCAUGGUGAAAGAAGGAACUAUUGGUUUGUCACCCCCCGCCCAGCUGGUUCUCCUAGCAACACUGAAUGAAUUUGUUCAAAGAGCAGCCGCUCCUCAGGAAAAGAAAGAUGUGAAGGAACUUCAGGAGGUAUCUAGCAAGUUGCUAGAGUGCUGUAGUAGUAUUGCAGGUUCCUGUCUUGAGGCGACUACAUGGUUAAGACGAAACCUUACAGUCAAGACUGAUACAGCAGAGAAGAAGGAGGGUAUGAAUGAUGCCUCGGCAUACAGUGUAGCAGCAUUAAGUGUCCUUGCAGAAUUAUUAGCCCCUCUGCUAGAUGUACUGUAUGUGAGUGAGGAGAAAGACAAGGUUGUUCCUCUACUCACAAACAUCAUGGCUAAUGUUGUUCCAUAUCUGCGUAACCACACCCGGUCAAACAUGCCUGCAUUUGCUGCAUGUUCUCAGUUGCUGUCAUCGUUAUCGGGUUACCAGUAUACUCUGCGAGCUUGGAGACGAGAUGUUAUCGAUCUUCUCCUAGACCCACAAGCAUUCAUGAUGCUUCCACCGAUUCUGACAUACUGGCGGACUAUUGUAGACUUUCUUUGCACACAUGACAAGACUGUGUUUAAGGAAUUGUUGACUCGUGUAUCCAUGUCCCAAGGAGGAUCACUAAGUCUCUUCUCUAGUAAGGAGUCAGAAUAUGAAAUUAGAGCAGGAUUGCUGAAGAGGCUGGCAUUCACCAUCUUCUGCUCAGAAACAGAUCAGUACAUGCGACACAUACCAGAUAUCCAAGAACGUUUGGCUGAAGUGACCCGUUUGGGCCAAGUGGUGCCCUCCCUCGUCGCCCAAGUGCUACUUUGCUUCCGUGUCCUUCUCCUGAGGAUGUCCCCACGUGGUGUGACCUCGCUGUGGCCUGUGAUCAUAACAGAGCUGGUGCAAGUGUUCCUCAUGAUGGAGCAAGAACUAGCCACUGACACCGAACAGUUUAGUUCACACCUGAAGCGCCUUUCUACCUUAGAUUCUUCAUGGGUUUUUAGCUCACAGAAUGGACUAAAUGCUCACAACCAUCCAGCAUGGUUGACCUUGUACCUAGCAGCAUGUAAGCUAUUGGAUUUAAUGCUUGCCCUUCCAGCCCAGCAUCUGCCACAGUUCCAAAUGUACCGAUGGGCUUUUGUUGGUCCAGUUCCAACAACUGAAGUGGAAGAGAAGACAGAAGGAGCUGGAAACAUCCUACUCAAAAGUUGUGAUUUUGUCCCCCAUAUUGCAAGAAUUGCAAAACUUAUGGCAGAUAAGCCUGGAAGUGGAAAGAAUAAGAUGCUGGAACACCGUCCUGGGGAACUGCUGCUGAAGAUGCCCAGUAUAUCAACCCUGCUAGAUCUGCAGCCCUUCUUCAACACCCUCACAUCACCGUCAUUCACACCGGCAGCAGCCACAAUCGGACAGACUCCCCCGGGGAUCCUCUCCUCCUUCCCUUCCUCCACAUCCUUGCCUAGUUCAGGGCCGUCAUCUGCCUCAGGCACCUCAGCCACUCCCAACUCCAGCCUGGCACACAUAGAGGCUGUCAUUGAACGAGAUUUCCUGGAACCCCUUCCUUCGUAGGCUUUUUCCUAGGAUAUCUUAUUCUGGAUUAGUAUGUGGUAUUGCUGUAUGUCUUUGUAUCAAUACUUGUCUGGUCACUAUAUUAUCUUUUGUUUGCUUUUCUUUUUUAUACCACUUAAGUGAACUCACAAGAAAUAGUAAAUAUAAUAUUUGUAUAUGAAAGUUGUUAUUCUUUGAUUUUUGAAUAGCAAAAUGCCGUAGAUGAUGUCAUUACUUGUCACAGUUAUGUUCUAAAGAAAAGCGCAUAUUAAAGACUGGCUCAAUAUUACAACCAAAUUUUAUGUUACUCUUUAGGCCUUUAUAAAUGAAUCUUGUAAGGAGAAACUAUUAUAGAAAAUGUAGUACAUGUAUAUGAUACGCACAUAUAUCAAUACAUAAUGUCUUCUCUCCUUAGGUGUCAACAUAGAAUUGCUUAUAUAUACUCUACUAAAUAUACACAACUGUACCCAUACAUUUCUACACAUAUCCAGUUACACAUAGACAUGUACCAGUAUAAACACCACUCAAAGAGAUUCUAAAAGAUAGGCUUGCAACUCUAGUUUAAAAUUCAGAGCAAUCUGAAGUGAGCAUUGCUUGAUAUAAAAUGAAUAUGUAUAAUGAUAGGAUUUCUAUCAGUUUCAACUUGUUGUAGAAUACAGUUGUUGACAUAUAAACAUAAGCUUUCAUGAAAAGAGAAAAGUAACUAGAAAUAAAGUGCAUUCUAAAUGGCUGCAGCUAAUAUCUCAUGCUUCCUUUUAUCUGCAGAUUCUGAUGCAGAUGUGUAGGCUGAAGAAAUGGGAAAGCACAAUACAGUAGCUGUCAAAACAAUAUCACAUUAUGGUGAGCUCAGUCAUAAACAAUGUAAAAGUCUUUUUUUUUUUUUUUUUUUAGUUGUCAUAGAAAUAAAGACAAUAAUUGUUUUCAAAGAAAUAGGCAUGGCAGGUGAGAAAAGACAUUUUAUGGAAAACAUAAUAUAGCUGUUUCUACUCGAUGUUAGUUAUGGAAUCCAUGCUGACACUUGUCACGCAUGAACACAGUACCUUCAUUUGCAGAAAAUGAUAAAGAAGAGGAAUGUAUAUAGACUUUGUGGAUUUCCUUUAAUAUCAGUUUGCAAAUUUUUAGUGUGAGUGUUGUCAGAAUGGGCUUACAUUUUACUUUUUUUUCUAUUCUUUUCUUUUUCUUUGUUCUGUUUUUUUGUUGAGCUUGUGUUGUAUUUGGCUGUGAGCUUCGGAAAGAGACUUUUGAUGACCAGGUGCCUUAUCAAUAACUGAUUAGCUGCACAGAUGUCUUUUAGUACUAAUUGUAAGCAGUUGUUGGGAAGAUGGUUGAGAGGUAAAACUUUUUUUUCUAGGAUGUGAAUGGAUUAUCAUAGUCUGGUUUUGUAUACACAGACAUGAUUUGAAAAAUAAUAAUUGAAAAUAAAAUUUUCAAAAGUCUGUUUCUUUAGAAAUAGAUAAAUCAUGACCUAAAUGUGGGUCAUAAUUCUUGGUGAAUGUAGAAUAUAUUUUUCAUUUACUGGACCUUCUGUACUUAAAGGAUUCACUUUUUUUCUGCUUCUACUGUUAACCUGUCAAUGACAAUAUCAGAAAUCUCUGGGCGUCACAGACUCUCGUGAUUUAUGGCAACCGUUCUGCCAUUUGGCCCGGGAGUCCGCUACAUGUAGCAGAACUUUCCGCUCGACUCACUCUAGCACGUUGCGACGCCUAUAGCCAUACCUGGUGUGAUAAGUCUGUUUGUUAUGAUGGCUAUAGGCGUAGCCCGGCAGAUAGGGGAUUAUCUGAUACACUUUCUGAUUUUUAUGAAAAACUACUUUAUUACUUUGAUGCUGACAGUAACUUAAUUUUUAAUGUAUAAUGGUCAACUUGUACAUACGAGUCAAAUAAUGGAUUGUCUUAGAAUCAGUGCAGUAUGUCAGUAAAAACUGUCACAAAUCUAUUUGAGUUGGGGGCCCUUCAGGAGUUUUGAAGAUUUUACUUUAACUCCCAGAUUAUGUUUUUUUUUAUGUAUAUUGAAAAUGAUUUUGAAAAAGGAUGGUGUAUCUUCCUGGUGCACAUUAGUCUUUCUUUUCUUCAAGUGGCCUUUCAUUGGUAAUACUACAUCCACUCGAAGCCCAACUGUUACCCCGAAGAUUAUCAAUGGUGGGUAUUUAUUUAUUUUUUAUUUUUUAUUUAUUUAUUAUUAUUAUUUUUUUUUUUUCACUAAAAGUCUUGUUACUGUUGGUGAGAUAUUCAAGUUCUUUUGUGUGUGUGUUUCAUCCUAGUCAGCAUUUGAUGAGAUUUAAUUGAUAAUCUUAUAUCUUGUUUAUAAUCUUGCUUGAGAGUAUGUAUAGUAUGUACAUGCCAAAUGAUUUUCAGAUAUGCAAUAAAGCAUCUUCACAUUAAAGCUUAUUACUGAUAUUUAUGUAAGAUGAUAGCUAUAUUCCUUGUACAUAUCAUUCCAGGAAAUGAUAUUUUCAUUAGAUAUUAACAGUUAUAUCCCAAGAGAUGUACAUUUAAGUUUGCAUUUCUGUUGUUUCUCAUUAUCUAUCUUUCAUAAGAAGUAUAACAAAGUACUUUCAGGUUUCUUUGGUCCUGAUCAUUAUUAUUUUUUUUUUCUUUUAGUAUAUUCUUUCUUGUACUUUAUCUGUAUCAUGAUUUUAUCCCAUGUCCUGCAAGUAGGAUUGAUAGUAAAUCAUGUGAAAUGAUUUUUCCUUUCUCUGGUAUGGCAAUUGAAUCACCAGUAUUGAUAGGUAAUACAAAUAUAUGAACACAAAUCUGUAAAGAUAAAAAUUUAGCAAAAAUCUGAUGUGAAUUUGCAUUUUAAUAUAUUGGGGUUAGAUUUAUAAGCUGAUUAAAAGAUCCUCUUCCAGAGUGUGUGAUGUGAAAUGAUACAGUACUAGGGUUCCUUUGGUUAAGUCACAUGUUUAUUGUUACUGUAUUACUAGAAUUCAAUAGUUUAUUUAUUCUUAAAACUAUAAGCAUUGAUUGUGUAAAUAUCCAUAAAUGCAGACAUGUGCAAUUUGUUACAGGUAGGGCAGAGGUAUUUAAGAGCAUUAAAGGGCUUAGGUUAUUGCAGUAAGAAAACUAACUUUGGGAUUAUUCUGCCACAGGCAUAUUGUACCAGCUAAGGUGAGAGUCAGAUUUUCUUUUGAAUUAGAUAACUUUUUUAUACAAACUCCAUUUUUGCUGUUUGUACAAUAUGUAGUAAGUAUGAACUCGACUUAAGAUCUGAUAUCUAACAAAAAUAACAGAUGUUUAUUCAUUUAAUUUGCUGUUUAUUCUGUAUUUAUUUUAAUUUGUAAGUUUCCUUGCAGGUGUGAAUAGGCAGAGGUACCAGUUUUAGCUAUGUUUCUUAAGUAUAUAUAUAUAUAUAGUACCCUAUACUCUUGGAUCUGAUUACAUGAUUAAUCUGUAAGAUAUUUCAUCAGGUAACAUAUUAGAAGGCACCACAUAAUUGAUUAGUAAAGUGUAUUUCACUUGCAGUCUUAGGUCAUUGGAUUUCUUGGUUAUGUAAUAAAAGUUUUGUUAUAUUUUGUGGUACCAUGUAAAUACACAGUAAUAGUUUCCUGUAAUUAGACUUCCUCUUAUGUUUUACCUUUUACUUGCUCUCAUAUAUAAUCUUUUGAUUUGAAAUUGGCUUGUUAGAGUGUAUACAUGCCACAGGUAUACAUACAGCUGAUCAUACAAUGAUCACUACAAAGUAAUCAAAGUAAAAAAAAUUGGAAUGAAAAUCAUUCAUAUGUAUAAGUGAUAACGUGUAUGAUCCAAGUGAGAUGUACAUUUAUAUCUUGUCGUUUCAUAAUUAUGGCAACAAGGAAUUAGCCAGUUUGAUAUUUUAGAUUGCAAAGAAUGUUUACCUCUCAUUUAUUUACAGUAUUUUCUUAAAAAAUGCCUUAGCAGUUGACUGAGCAAAAAAAUAAUAAAUAUAUAAAUAACCACAAACAUUUACAUGCUUUAUAUAAAGGGGUUAGAAUAAAUUGUCCAUUUUAUGUGUACUAUGUAUAUAGAGUAUGUAUUCCUUUUUAAUAAUCUCAGUCACACUCACCUACACUUAUUUUUUAUCAAUAAUCAAUGUCUGUGAAGUUUGAGAAUGCAACACAGAUAUGAGAAUAUGUAAAUGAUUACCUGUAAAUUGGCCAUUGAAAAGUUUUCUGGUCUUGCAAAGUGGAACCCUUCAAAAUUAAGAAGGUGGGUUUUCUGAUAAGCGUGACUUCAAGUCAUCUGUCAUAUUUUAGUAUGCAAGUUCUGUUUAUUUUAUUAUGCUAUGAUAUAUAUAUAUAUAUAUAUAUAUAUAUAUAUAUAUAUAUAUAUAUAUAUAUAUAUAUAUAUAUAUAUAUAUAUAUAUAUAUAUAUAUAUAUAUAUAUAUAUAUGAUCCUUUUUAUCUUCUUUCUAUAUAUAUAAAAGAAUGAUGUUUAUUCCUGCAAAAGAUUGAUGUAUGGCUAAGACUGGUGAUGGGAUAAUGUGAUAAUAAGUAUAUUUUACAUGUAUUGUCAUACGAGAAAUAAAAUGUGAUAAUGUUGAAAGUUUA